GAAGCGCACAUGUGCUGUCACUAAAUUCAAAUCCCUUGCAACUCUUGUAACGGCUACUUUUUUCUUCCUCCUCUAUCCCUCUCACUCACUCUCGAGUCUCAACCCAAACCCCACUUUCUCUCCUCUGCAACUAUGCUCCCAAAAAAUGCAAUCUUUCGGUGUCGGGACGCUCCUUCUUCCGCAGAUCUCCCUAAAGCCUUCAAAAAACCCAGACCCACUCGCAAGCACAAACCCCCCAAGGACACUCCUUUCAAGACCCCCUGGCCCCCCAAACCCCCUAACCCCCUCAAGCGCAAACUUUCCGACCAUUCACUUCCCACAGCCUCCGAUUCUGGUGUCAAGGUUAUUGUCAGGAUGAGGCCUGCGUGUGAAGACAUGGACCACGGAGAUUCUAUAGUUCAGAGGAUUUCCAGUGAUUCCUUGUCCAUCAACGGUCAGAGUUUCACAUUUGAUUCCGUAGCCCACACCAACGCUACUCAGUUAGAUAUUUUCGAGCUUGUUGGGGCGCCUCUUGUUGAAAAUUGCUUGGCUGGAUUCAAUAGUUCUGUAUUCGCAUAUGGGCAGACUGGGAGUGGGAAGACUUAUACCAUGUGGGGUCCCGCCAAUGCUUUGUCAGAUGACGAUUCAGCAAAUGACCAGCAAGGCCUCGCGCCUCGUGUUUUUGAAAGACUCUUUGCUCGCAUAAAUGAAGAGCAAAUUAAGCAUUAUGACAAGGAAGUCAAGUAUCAGUGCCGCUGCUCUUUUCUUGAGAUAUACAAUGAGCAAAUAACAGAUCUAUUAGAUCCAAAUCAAGGAAACCUACAGAUUAGAGAAGAUGUCAAAUCUGGUGUCUAUGUUGAUAAUCUUACAGAGGAACAAGUCUGUUCGAAGACAGAUGUGACUCAGCUUUUGAUGAAGGGUUUGUUAAACAGGAGAAUUGGUGCUACGAGUAUCAAUUCUGAAAGUUCACGUUCACAUACUGUUUUUACUUGUGUGGUUGAAUCUCGAUGCAAGAGCCCUGCAGAUGGUGUAAGCAGAUUUAGAACAAGCAAAAUAAAUCUUGUUGAUCUAGCUGGGUCAGAACGGCAAAAAUUAACAGGUGCAGCAGGAGACCGUUUGAAGGAAGCUGGCAAUAUUAAUAGAUCACUUUCACAGCUUGGGAAUUUGAUCAACAUUCUUGCUGAAGUUUCUCAGACAGGAAAGCAACGGCAUAUACCAUACAGAGAUUCCAAGUUGACAUUUUUACUGCAAGAGUCUCUUGGAGGAAAUGCAAAAUUAGCAUUGGUUUGUGCUAUUUCCCCAGCACAAAGUUGUAGGAGUGAAACUUUUAGUACACUGAGAUUUGCACAGCGUGUCAAAGCUAUUAAGAAUAAAGCAGUUGUUAAUGAAGUAAUGCAUGAUGAUGUGAAUCAAUUGCGAGAGGUGAUACGCCAACUCAGGGAUGAGCUGCAUCGAGUUAAAGCAAAUGGUUACAGUCCAAGUGAUGGAAAUGGAGUUCAUUCAGCAGCUUUGAUCCAAAGAAGUUUGAAUUUAUUGCAGUCUAGCCUCAAUUACCCAUUAUCACUACCUCAUGUCGAUGAUGAUGGUGAUGAAGAGAUGGAGAUUGAUGAGGAAGGUGUUGAGGAUCAUGCUGUAGUUCUCCACAAUUCAAAUGGAGGUUUUGCUGGUUUUUCACCCAUUAAUGGAUCUGUUGGUUCUCCUACUGCUGCAAUGAAUUGUGACACCCCUGCUAGCCUCAGCAUAGUUCAAUGCGAAACAUCCCACAUUCUCAAAUCCCCAACUCCCGGUCUUUCACCACCAAUCAGCAGCAGCAGGAAAAGUUUGAGGACCUCGUUAAAGCAGUCUCCUUCUGAGAAUAAUCAUCAUGGUGAAAGUGAUUUAGGCACAAAAACUGUUAAUCAGAAAUGCAUGUUUACUUCUCUGUCUAGUCAAACAGCUCCAAAUUUCCAUACUAAAACUGAAAAUUUAGCAGCAAGCAUCCACCAUGGUCUUGAAAUUAUUGAUAGCCACCGUAAUGGUGCACCAUUAUUGAGUCUCUCAUUGAGACCCAAAGAUUCCAGGCUAAAUUUUCCUGUGGACAAAGUUGAUGUGGGAGUCCAGACUUUUCUUGAUGAUAGUGCCAAGAUGGAAGACUAUGCUAUGUUUACCUGUAAUAACUGCAAAAGCAGAAUGCAGCUUGAUGUCAAUGAGAUUGACAAUAGCUCAAAUGUGGAGGUGGUACCUAUUAAAUGUCCGGAGUCUACUGAUAAGCCAAAGAGGCAAAUUCUGAAAGCAGUAGAGAAGGUUUUGGCAGGAUCCAUAAGGAGAGAAAUGGCACUUGAAGAGUUCUGUGCAAAGCAGACUUCUGAGAUAAUGCAGCUCAAUUGCUUGUUGCAAAAGUACAGGCAUGAGAGAGAAUGCAAUGCCAUAAUAACACAGAUAAGAGAAGAUAAAAUUAUUCGCCUUCAGAACCUUAUGGAUGGUGUUUUAUCCACCAAGGAGUUCAUGGAUGAAGAGCUGGUGUCCCUCACACAUGAAAACAAGAUUUUAAAGGAGAACCACGAGCAUGAUCUAGAAGCUCUGAAGAUGAAGAUAGAGUUAAAAAGAGUACAAGAUGAGUUACAAGAGUAUCAGAAUUUUUACCAAUUUGGGGAGAGGGAAGUGUUGAUGGAAGAGAUAUGUAAUUUAAGAAAUCAGCUUCACUUUUACGUCGACUCUUCAUCUACAUCCACAACAAAGCAAUAUCCGCUAUUGCAAUUGACUAAUUCAUCUGAACCUAGUUCGGCAGCAAACCUCACUGCCAUUCCAGGUUCAACAGAGGCCAGCACUGAGGCAAAUGCAAAUCCAGAAUCAACUGAAGACAGUGCCAAAGUAAAACUUGAGCAAGAAAAAAGUCAAUGGACCGAGGCAGAAAGCAGGUGGAUUUCUCUAACCGAAAAACUGAGAGCUGAACUUGAAGCUAGCAAGUCACUAGCUGAAAAGAGGAAGCAGGAACUAGAUACCGAGAGGAAGUGUGCCGAGGAACUGAAUAAAACAAUGCAAAUGGCUAUAGAGGGUCAUGCUCGAAUUUUAGAACAGUACGCUGAUUUAGAAGAGAAACAUAUCCAAUUGCUUGAAAGGCAUAGACAGAUCCAGGAUGUAAUUGAUGAUGUCAGGAAAGCAGCUUCCAGAGCAGGAGUAAAAGGUGCAGACUCUAAAUUCAUAAAUGCCCUUGCUGCAGAAAUUUCAGCAUUAAAAGCAGAUAAAGAAAAAGAAAGGCAAAUCAUAAUAGAUGAAAAUAGAGGUCUUCGGUCUCGAUUGAAGGAUACUGCUGAAGCAGUGCAAGCAGCAGGUGAACUUCUUGUGCGACUUAAAGAAGCAGAAGAAGGUUCCAUUACCGCACAGAAGUGGGCGAUGGAUGCAGAGCAGGAAGCUGCAAAGGCCUACAAACAAAUUGAUAAAUUGAAGAAAAAACACGAGAAGGAGAUUACCGCACUUAAUAAGCAGUAUGCCAAAACACAUUUGCCUAAUGAAGAAAUACAACCUACUUUUGAUGACACCAAGGUGCCACAGAAUGUUGAUAGUCAAUUUGAGUUAUUUUGUAACGAAGAGGAUAGUGAGCUUGCAAAAUUGGCAGAACAGCCGUGGUUCUCUGGUUAUGACACAUGCAACAUAUAGAUUAAUCUUCCAGCUUGUGUUCAUUCGUUCAUAUGAUUUGUUCAAUAACAAAAGCCUUAUUCCACUGGGUGUUCAUAUGA